CCCAUGACUGAGCCCCGCCGCCGCCGGCCGAGGAAUGGGCUCCGGGCUCUGGUAGGAAGCGCAGGGAGCGGGGGGCGCUUUUAAAACACCGAUCUGGGUUUUUUUAAAACCUCCUUCGAAAAAAUAAUGGCAAACUCGACGGGGAAGGCGCCUCCGGACGAGCGGAGAAAGGGACUCGCUUUCCUGGACGAGCUGCGGCAGUUCCACCACAGCAGAGGGUCGCCUUUUAAAAAAAUCCCUGCGGUGGGUGGGAAGGAGCUGGAUCUUCACGGUCUCUACACCAGAGUCACUACUUUAGGCGGAUUCGCGAAGGUUUCUGAGAAGAAUCAGUGGGGAGAAAUUGUUGAAGAGUUCAACUUUCCCAGAAGUUGUUCUAACGCUGCCUUUGCUUUAAAACAGUAUUACUUGCGUUACCUAGAAAAGUACGAGAAAGUUCAUCAUUUUGGGGAGGAUGAUGAUGAGGUACCACCAGGCAAUCCCAAACCACAGCUUCCUAUUGGUGCAAUUCCAUCUUCCUACAAUUACCAGCAACACAGUGUGUCAGAUUAUCUGCGUCAAAGUUAUGGGCUGUCUAUGGACUUCAAUUCGCCAAAUGAUUAUAAUAAAUUGGUGCUUUCACUAUUAUCUGGACUCCCAAAUGAAGUGGACUUUGCUAUUAAUGUAUGCACUCUCCUAUCAAAUGAAAGCAAACAUGUCAUGCAACUUGAAAAAGACCCUAAAAUCAUCACUUUAUUGCUUGCUAAUGCCGGGGUGUUUGAUGACACUUUAGGAUCCUUUUCUACUGUAUUUGGAGAAGAAUGGAAGGAGAAGACUGAUAGAGAUUUUGUUAAGUUUUGGAAAGACAUUGUUGAUGAUAAUGAAGUACGUGACCUCAUUUCUGACAGAAACAAGUCUCAUGAAGGUACAUCAGGAGAAUGGAUUUGGGAAUCUUUAUUUCAUCCACCUCGAAAGCUGGGCAUUAAUGAUAUUGAAGGACAACGGGUACUUCAGAUUGCAGUGAUUUUGCGAAAUCUUUCCUUUGAGGAGGGCAAUGUUAAGCUCUUGGCAGCUAAUCGUACCUGUCUCCGUUUCCUAUUACUUUCUGCACAUAGUCAUUUUAUUUCUCUAAGGCAAUUAGGCCUUGACACAUUAGGAAAUAUUGCAGCUGAGCUUUUAUUGGAUCCUGUUGAUUUCAAAACUACUCAUCUGAUGUUUCAUACUGUUACAAAAUGCCUAAUGUCAAGGGAUAGAUUUUUAAAGAUGAGGGGCAUGGAAAUUUUGGGAAAUCUUUGCAAAGCAGAGGAUAAUGGUGUUUUGAUUUGUGAAUAUGUCGAUCAGGACUCAUACAGAGAGAUCAUUUGUCAUCUCACUUUACCUGAUGUGCUGCUCGUAAUCUCAACACUUGAGGUGCUAUAUAUGCUCACAGAAAUGGGAGAUGUAGCUUGCACGAAAAUUGCAAAAGUAGAAAAGAGCAUAGACAUGUUAGUGUGUCUGGUUUCCAUGGAUAUUCAGAUGUUUGGCCCCGAUGCACUGGCUGCAGUAAAGCUCGUUGAACAUCCAAGUUCCAGUCAUCAAAUUUUAUCUGAAAUUAGGCCACAAGCUGUAGAGCAAGUCCAAACCCAGACCCAUGUAGCAUCUGCCCCAGCUUCCAGAGCAGUUGUAGCACAGCAUGUUGCUCCACCUCCAGGAAUAGUGGAAAUAGAUAGUGAGAAGUUUGCUUGUCAGUGGUUAAAUGCUCAUUUUGAAGUAAAUCCAGAUUGUUCUGUCUCUCGAGCAGAAAUGUAUUCUGAGUACCUAUCAACUUGCAGUAAAUUGGCUCGUGGAGGAAUCCUAACAUCAACUGGAUUUUAUAAAUGUCUUAGAACGGUCUUUCCAAAUCAUACAGUGAAGAGAGUGGAGGAUUCCAGUAACAAUGGUCAGGCACAUAUUCACGUAGUAGGAGUAAAAAGGAGGGCUAUCCCGCUUCCCAUUCAGAUGUACUAUCAGCAGCAACCUGUUUCUACUCCUGUUGUUCGUGUUGAUUCUGUUCCUGAUGUAUCUCCAAGUCCUUCACCUGCAGGAAUCCCUCACGGACCACAAACUGUAGGAAACCAUUUUCAGAGGACUCCUGUUACCAACCAAUCUUCAAGUUUGACUGCAACACAAAUGUCUUUUCCAGUACAAGGUGUUCAUACCGUGGCACAGACUGUUUCAAGAAUUCCACCAAAUCCUUCAGUUCAUACCCACCAGCAGCAAAAUGCUCCGGUGACUGUCAUUCAGAAUAAAGCUCCAAUUCCUUGUGAAGUUGUUAAGGCUACAGUAAUCCAGAAUUCUAUACCCCAGACAGCAGUUCCUGUUAGUAUUGCUGUGGGAGGAGGAGCUGCUCAGAGUUCUGUGGUUCAGAAUCAUAGUACAGGGCCCCAAUCUGUUACAGUUGUGAAUUCCCAGACAUUGCUUCACCAUCCAUCUGUAAUUCCACAACAGUCUCCGUUACACACAGUGGUACCGGGACAGAUACCUUCCGGCACUCCUGUUACGGUAAUUCAACAAGGUGUCCCACAGAGUCAUAUAUUUGGCAGAGUACAGAACAUGCCAGCAUGUACUUCUGCAGUUUCACAGGGUCAACAGUUAAUCACCACAUCGCCCCAACCCGUGCAGACUUCGUCCCAGCAGACAUCAGCUGGCGGUCAGCCACAGGACACUGUUCUCAUAGCACCCCCACAGUACGUAACGACUUCUGCGUCCAACAUUGUCUCGGCAACUUCAGUACAGAAUUUUCAGGUAGCUACAGGACAAAUGGUUACCAUUGCUGGUGUCCCAAGUCCACAGCCCUCAAGGGUAGGGUUUCAGAACAUUGCGCCCAAACCUCUCCCUUCUCAGCAAGUUUCAUCAACGGUGGUCCAACAGCCUAUUCAACAACCACAGCAGCCAACCCAACAAAGUGUAGUGAUUGUAAGCCAGCCAGCUCAACAAGGUCAAACUUAUGCACCAGCCAUUCACCAAAUCGUUCUUGCUAACCCAGCAGCUCUUCCGGCUGGUCAGACAGUUCAGCUAGCUGGACAACCAAACAUUACUCCAUCUUCCUCACCAUCACCUGUCCCAGCUACUAAUAGCCAGGUCCCUACUGCCAUGUCAUCUUCUUCCACCCCUCAGUCACAGGGACCACCUCCUACUGUCAGUCAAAUGCUAUCUGUGAAAAGGCAGCAACAGCAGCAGCAUUCACCAGCACCCCCACCACAACAGGUACAAGUACAAGUUCAGCAGCCACAACAAGUACAAAUGCAGGUUCAACCACAGCAAACAAAUGCAGGAGUUGGUCAGCCUGCUUCUGGUGAGUCGAGUCUGAUAAAACAGUUGCUGCUUCCAAAGCGUGGUCCUUCAACUCCGGGUGGUAAGCUUAUUCUCCCAGCUCCACAGAUUCCUCCCCCUAAUAAUGCAAGAGCUCCUAGCCCUCAGGUGGUAUACCAGGUGGCCAAUAAUCAAGCAGCAGGUUUUGGAGUGCAGGGGCAAACUCCAGCUCAGCAGCUAUUGGUUGGGCAGCAAAAUGUUCAGUUGGUCCAAAGUGCGAUGCCACCCACAGGGGGAGUGCAAACCGUGCCCAUCUCGAACUUACAAAUAUUGCCAGGUCCGCUGAUCUCAAAUAGCCCAGCAACCAUUUUCCAAGGGACUUCUGGCAACCAGGUAACCAUAACAGUUGUGCCAAAUACAAGUUUUGCAACUGCAACUGUGAGUCAGGGAAAUGCAACUCAGCUCAUUGCUCCAGCAGGAAUUACCAUGAGCGGGACCCAGGCAGGAGUUGGACUUCAGGUGCAAACGCUUCCAGCCUCUCAAGCAUCUCCAGCUGGACAAUCAUCUUGUACUACUGCUACUCCCCCAUUCAAAGGUGAUAAAAUAAUUUGCCAAAAGGAAGAGGAAGCAAAAGAAGCAACAGGUUUACAUGUUCAUGAACGUAAAAUUGAAGUCAUGGAGAACCCAUCCUGCAGACGAGGAACCACGAACACCAGCAAUGGGGAUACGAAGGAAAAUGAAAUGCAGGUGGGAAGUCUUUUAAAUGGGAGAAAGUACAGUGACUCAAGUCUACCUCCUUCAAACUCAGGGAAAAUUCAAAGUGAGGCUAAUCAGUGCUCACUAAUCAGUAAUGGGCCAUCAUUAGAAUUAGGUGAGAAUGGAGCAUCUGGAAAACAGAACUCAGAACAAAUGGACAUGCAGGAUAUUAAAAGUGAUUUGAAAAAACCUCUAGUUAAUGGAAUCUGUGAUUUUGAUAAAGGAGAUAGUUCUCAUUUAAGCAAAAACAUUCCAAAUCACAAAACUUCCAAUCAUGUAGGAAAUGGUGAGAUAUCUCCAGUGGAACCACAAGGGACUUUUGAUGCCACUCAGCAAGAUACUGCCAAAGGUGAUCAACUAGAAAGAAUUUCUAAUGGACCUGUAUUAACUUUGGGUGGUUCGCCAUCUGUGAGCAGUAUACAGGAGGCUUCAAAUGUGGCAACACAGCAAUUUAGUGGGACUGAUUUGCCUAAUGGACCUCUAGCUUCAAGUUUGAAUUCAGAUGUGCCUCAGCAACGCCCAAGUGUAGUUGUCUCACCACAUUCUACAACCCCUGUUAUACAGGGGCAUCAGAUCAUAGCCGUUCCCCACUCAGGAUCAAGAGUGUCCCAUUUUCCUGCCCUGUCAUCUGACGUUCGGUCUACAAAUGGCACAGCAGAAUGCAAAACUGUAAAGAGGCCAGCAGAGGAUAAUGAUAGGGAAACAGUCACAGGAAUUCCAAAUAAAGUGGGAGUUAGAAUUGUUACAAUCAGUGACCCCAACAAUGCUGGCUGCAGUGCAACAAUGGUUGCCGUGCCAGCAGGAGCAGAUCCAAGCACUGUAGCUAAAGUAGCAAUAGAAAGUGCUGUUCAGCAAAAGCAGCAGCACCCACCAACCUACGUACAGAAUGUGGUCCCACAGAACACUCCUAUGACACCUUCACCAGCUGUUCAAGUACAGAGCCAGCCUAACAGUUCUCAGCCUUCUCCAUUCAGUGCAUCUAGUCAACAUGGAGAUCCAGUGAGAAAACCUGGGCACAACUUCAUGUGUCUGUGGCAAUCUUGUAAAAAGUGGUUUCAGACCCCCUCACAGGUUUUCUACCAUGCAGCAACUGAACAUGGAGGGAAGGACGUAUAUCCAGGGCAGUGUCUUUGGGAAGGUUGUGAGCCUUUUCAGCGACAGAGGUUUUCUUUCAUUACCCACUUACAGGACAAACACUGUUCAAAGGAUGCCCUGCUUGCAGGAUUAAAACAAGAUGAACCAGGACAAGCAGGAAGUCAGAAAUCUUCUAUCAAGCAGCCAGCUGUAGGGAGCACAAGCUCAACUCCUAGAGCACAAAAGGCCAUUGUGAAUCAUCCCAGUGCUGCCCUUAUGGCUCUUAGGAGAGGAUCAAGAAACCUUGUCUUUCGAGAUUUUACAGAUGAAAAAGAGGGACCAAUAACUAAACACAUCCGACUAACAGCUGCCUUAAUAUUAAAAAAUAUUGGUAAAUAUUCAGAAUGUGGUCGCAGAUUGUUAAAGAGACAUGAAAACAACUUAUCAGUGCUAGCCAUUAGUAACAUGGAAGCUUCCUCCACCCUUGCCAAAUGCCUUUAUGAACUUAAUUUUACAGUUCAGAGUAAAGAACAAGAAAAAGACUCAGAAAUGCUGCAGUGAAAAAUAAUUCCACUUCUAUAGUGGGGACUCAAAAAAAGUCAGAUACAUUUCACAUCCUGUUACUGAAGAAAGCACCAAGUCUUAAUGGAACAGAGACCAUAGAAUGAAUUAUUUUAUCUCCUCCCAUGAUGCUGAGGGGAAGCUUCGUAUUCUGAUCUCUGAGUGAAUCCCUUUGUUCUCUGUUUAAAAAAAAUCUAAGAAGAAAAA